AAUUCCGACAUCUCGAAUUUUAAGACGACGACCAACGACAACUUGAUCGCAAUCCCGACAAAAUGGCGAUCAAGCACAACCAGCAAAUUGCCCACAACCGUAUGUCUUCUCCGCAGAUCAAUUAGGAUUCCGAAGAUGCUGAUUAUGGAUAGAUUUCCGAAAGGAUUGGCAAAGACGAGUUAGAGUUCACUUCGACCAGGUAAACAACGCGCAGAUGGGAAACAAAUUAGCUCUGGAAUCGAAUCUAACAGUCUAAAUAGCCUGGCCGAAAACUCAGACGUCGCAAUGCUCGUCUUGCGAAGACAGCAGCUGUCGCUCCACGACCAAUCGAUUUGUUGAGACCAGUUGUUAGAUGCCCAACCAUCAAGUACAACAGACGUGUACGAGCUGGUCGUGGUUUCACCCUCGCCGAAUUGAAGGUGAGGAAUAAGGAUCUUUGAUUUUACGAGUAUAAUUUCUGAUGUCAUAAAUAGGAGGCUCAAAUUCCCCGCAAGCUCGCCCCUACGAUCGGUAUCUCUGUUGAUACUCGCCGCCAAAACCUCUCAGUCGAGUCCCUCAAGGCCAACGUCGACCGCCUCAAGUCCUUCCGUGCCCGCCUCAUCCUCUUCCCACGCAAACUCGGUCAACCCAAGAAGGGUGAUUCCACCAAGGAGGAGGUUGCAUCCCUCAAGGAGAUCAGCAGCCGUGUCAAGAACACUCUGCCAAUCGCCACCGUUGAGGGUGGAUUCUCAGAGAUCAGCAAGUCCGAUGUGCCAAAAGCAAUUGAGGGAGGUGCAUACAGAAAGUUGCGGGUUGCAAGAAGUGACGCUAGAUUGGCCGGCAAGCGUGAGAAGAGAGCAAAGGAGGCAGCUGAUGAGGCCGCUGCUGCUAAGAAAUAAAUGGCAUGAAUGGUUCAUGGGUCUGUUUUAUAUUCUUGCGGGGUGCGAUGGAUGGAUGUGGGCUACAAGAGCAGUU